CCGCGCCGAGGGCGGGGCCGGCGCGCGGGGGCGGACCUCGGCGCGCUCCCGGCCGCUUGCUGGCUCUGGGGCCGCGGCGGCUCCUCUGCCGGGUCGCGCCGGAGGACAGGCUUCGGGCGGCGGCUUGGACGGCCUGCGGACCGAGCGGGUGGGCCGAGCCUUGGAACCCCACGCUUGCCGUCUGCCUUGCCCGCUAGCGCGGGGCGCGCGCCAUGGCCGCCUCGCCCGGCUCGGGCAGCGCCAACCCGCGGAAGUUCAGUGAGAAGAUCGCGCUGCACACGCAGCGGCAGGCCGAGGAGACGCGGGCCUUCGAGCAGCUCAUGACCGACCUCACCCUGUCCCGGGUUCAGUUUCAGAGGCUUCAGCAACUGCGCCUUACACAGCACCACGGGGGAUCCUUACCUAAUGUGAGCCAGCUGCGGGGCAGCGCACCAGAGCUUCAGCCGUCACUCCAUCACGCUGAUAAUGUCCGUGGGACCCGCCACCAUGGGCUGGUGGAGAGGCCAGCCCGGAACCGCUUCCACCCUCUUCACCGCAGGUCUGGGGACAAGCCAGGGAGACAGUUUGAUGGAAAUGCUUUUGCAGCCAGUUAUUCUUCGCAGCCCCUGGAUGAGAGCUGGCCAAGGCAACAGCCUCCAUGGAAAGAGGAAAAGCAUCCUGGAUUCAGGCUGACAUCUGCACUUAACAGGACCAAUUCUGAUUCUGCUCUUCACACGAGUGCUCUGAGCACCAAACCCCAGGACCCCUAUGGAGGAGGAGGCCAGUCAGCCUGGCCUGCCCCAUACAUGGGUUUCUGUGAUGGUGAAAAUGAUGGCCGUGGGGAAGCCGCCUUCCCCGGUCUGCUGAAGGAAGAGAAUCUGUUAAACGUCCCGAAGCCACUGCCCAAACAACUGUGGGAGACCAAGGAGAUCCAGUCCCUGUCUGGACGCCCUCGGUCCUGUGAUGUUGGGGGCGGCAGUGCCUUCCCACAUAAUGGCCAAAACACAGGCCUCUCGCCAUUUCUGGGGACCCUGAACACUGGAGGGUCAUUACCAGAUCUAACCAACCUUCACUACUCAGCACCCCUGCCAGCCUCCCUGGACACCAGUGACCACCUCUUUGGUAGCAUGAGCGUGGGGAACAGUGUGGGCAACCUUCCAGCUGCUAUGACUCACCUGGGGAUAAGAAACUCCUCUGGUCUCCAGAGUUCUCGAAGUAACCCUUCCAUCCAAGCCACGCUCAAUAAGAUUGCGCUGUCCUCAUCCCUCAAUAGCCACCCACAGCCGUCCGUGGCCAAUGCCUCUGCUCUCCACCCCUCGCUCCGUCUCUUCUCCCUUAGCAACCCAUCUCUUUCUACCACAAACCUGAGUGGCCCCUCUCGGCGCAGGCAGCCUCCAGUCAGCCCUCUCACGCUCUCUCCUGGCCCUGAAGCACAUCAAGGUUUCAACAGACAGCUAUCUGCAACCAGCCCACUGAACCCGUACCCUGCCUCCCAGAUGGUGACCUCAGAGCAGAGUCCACUUUCCUUCCUGCCCACAGACGCUCAAGCCCAAGUGUCCCCACCACCCCCUUACCCCACACCCCAGGAGCUGCCUCAACCACUCCUACAGCAGCCCCAUGCCCAUGAGCCCCCAGCUCAGCAGCCCCAGGCAGCCCCCUCCCUGUCACAGUCAGACUUCCAGCUCCUCACUGCCCAGGGCUCGUCUCUGACCAACUUCUUCCGCGAUGUGGGCUUUGACCAGCAGCCCAUGAGGCCCAGCCCCGCCUUUCCUCAGCAGGUGCCUUUGGUACAGCAGAGCCACCGAGAACCACAGGACUCGUUCCACUUGAGACCAAACCCAUAUUCCAACUGUGGGAGCUUCCCGAACACCAUCCUGACAGAUACCAACACCAGCCUGUUCAAAGGCCUUAGUGGGGGGCUGUCGGGCAUGCCUGAGGUCAGCCUGGACAUGGACACUCCGUUCCCGCUGGAAGAGGAGCUACAGAUCGAACCCUUGAGCCUGGACGGACUCAACAUGUUAAGUGACUCCAGCAUGGGCCUGCUGGACCCCUCUGUGGAGGAGACAUUUCGAGCUGACCGGCUGUGAGCAAAACACAGUGGAACUGGGGAACUGAAGUGGCCAGGAUAAGCUAGACUGGAGCCAGCAACACCCUGACGGUAGUCACAGCAUAGAGGAAGCCAUGCUGCCCCAGGCUCUCUACUGAGGUCCUAGCUCAGAUGCCAUGUACUGCUGCAGGCCACCUGCUUUGGAGCUUCUGGUGACCAGGAAGCUCAUCAUGUCACCCUUAAUUCUUUGUAUAGGCCACCUGGUCAGUCAUUGUGUAAACAUAGAAAAUGCUGGGUAACGUGUCCGUGCUCCAGACCUCGGAUCCCUGUCAGCACUGAAGACAGGACCCGUAUAGGAGGCAGUUGGAGGCCAUAGGCCCAUGGAGUUGGCUCAGUGUCACACAACGGUACCAGAGCACCAUGAUGCCUUUCUGUCUGACCGCCAAAGCCAGGUACCCUCCAACUGGUGGGUAUUCUGGGCCUAGCCAUUGCUCUGCCAAAUGGCUUAAUUAAAAUGAAGAAGCUUAGCCACCGUCCCAGGGCAUGCUUAAGUUGGGCAAACUGAGUGUAGUUUGUGAUCUCUUCUCUGCUGCUUUCCUGUAUGUGCCUUCUCCUCACACACAGAAGGAGAGGGAGACUCGUGCCCUUGGAGAUAGGAUGAGCCUAAAGAAGACAGUGCUCCUAGGAGACUGGAGGAGAAAAAGGAGGCUGUGUGUGUCACCUGCACACAAUGCCCUCCAUCUUAGACCUGCCACCUUCCAGCCCACUAGAAGGAGCUGCGGGGACUCCUGUUAGCACUUAGUAGCUGCACCGACCUUUUCCUCCCCAGCUUCCCCUGCAGACCUCAAGCUUAAUGCGAUUCCCACUAGACUGUAAGCUCCCACAGGGCAGGAACUGUGCCUUGUUCUGUACUGAUCCCUAGUGCCACUAAGUGCCUGGUAGGAAUGCGUGGCAUGGAUGGCUAUGCCUCGUGGUGUGGCGGUCUGACCUGUAGCUGUCUCCAUUCCCUGCCUUAGCUCAGAGCUUUAACCUUUUCAUACUGGUGCCUUGGAUUCAGACUCACUUGAGUAUGUGCCUUAACACUAGGUGACCAGUCCUAUCCCUAGGCUCAGCACCCCCUCCUUGGGCGUAUGUCUCUCAGCAGCUAGGUGGGAAUCAUCUAAUGAGUGCACCCAGAGUGGCUGAUCACCAAACCCUGUGAGUGUGGGACACCUGGCAUCCAGACUAGCCCCACAGCAAAUUCUUCCCACUCAGACCCAUGGCUUUUUCUAAAUUGCUUAAAAUAGAGGUGCAAACGUUGAGGUUAAGAAAUGUGGCCUAGUUCAUGGGACUCUUGUUAUUCAUUAACACCUUGUCGCACAGUCAUUUGAGCAGAUUCUCCACCGCCUGCCUCCUAACCCCAAAUGGGGAAAGCGGUGAGGUCCACAGCACAAGGGGAGGAGCUAGGGUGGGGAAGAGGAGGAGCCUGGAAGAGAAUCCCUGCUUGGACACCUGCUGCCCUUCCUGAGGACGUGGGGUGUAGCUGAGGCUUUCCCACCCAGGAGAGCAAGGGUGGAGUAGAAGGAAGCUGAUACAUCUGUGCCUAAGGCAGGCAGAGCCUGUGGACCGGAAGCUGGCUCCUCCAGCUUCCCACACGGUGACCACGCGGUCUCUUCUUAGGCCUUCCCCGAGGACCCAAGAAUUCCCUGGUCCCAUUUACCUCAGUCUCUGCUGUUUAAUUGAGAAACCAAAUUAGAAUCCUGUUCACCUGAUUCCACCCUGAAGAUGCCACCGACCUCCGCUCUAAAGCCCUAUUCCCAGUGAAACUCAUGUGCUUGAUGAUGGAGAUCCUGGAGCGGGUCGACUUCAAUUAAAGUGAAAGCUUUUCACCCCUCGUGCUGCCCAGCACCCAGCAUUCCCACGGAAGCCAGCUCCCGUGAAGAGGCCCCUGAAAUUGGAUCUCCACCUUGAGGCAGAGAUGGGUGCUGAUGUAAAAGUUGAGAGGGUUCCCAGCACUAUCUGCUCUCUGCAAUCAAGCCAUAUCCAUGGUCAUCAUGUGGGUGACACCCAUACAGCACAUGGGAGGGGCCAGGUAUGACAGAGUCAGGAGGAAGAGAACCCUGAAGGAGAAUCUCUGCUCCAACAGAUGCUGUCCUUCCAUGGGGGUGUAACAGGAGAGCUCACAACCCCAUGCCCUAAAUUGCCCUGCCCCUGAGGCAUUCUCCAGCCGAUGGGCAAGCACUGGCUAUAGGGGAAGUUAGAGGAAAUGUAGCACUGGAUUAAAUCUGCCUUUAGGCCCACCAACCUGAUCUUCUCAUAUGAGUAGCUUUAAGCCACAGGAGAGCCCACCCGUCCUGAUGGUGUUGAGCACACUGGGAGAGUGUUGCCCUACCCCAGCCCUGUAAGCCUGCACUCCAUGCUGCCUUUGUGACAAACCUGUCUUAGGCCUCAGCGUUGCAGUGGCUACAGGCUUCCCCAGAGCUACGUUCAGUGUCUUCUCUGUCACAGCAGCUGUGCUCCUUCCCUGGCAGCGCAGCGGCCAGGGGCUCUGAGGUAUGAGUGUGAGGAGGACUGUUCUGAUCUGUCAGAGCAGCUCCCCUCUGCCUGCCCCCUUCCCCCCACGUCUACUGUAUACUCUGGGCCGAGAGGUCAUGCGUGUACUCAUGCUCGUGCACAUAUCUGAAGACGUGUCCUGUUGGGACUCUCCAGGGCUCUUCUGAUUCAUGCACAGAUGGUGCCCAUCGUUUCCACUGCUCCAGAAUGGGGCCAUCCCGCAGCUAGUCAGACUUCCGGCCAGUGCCCUAACUCCCAGCCUUUUGUUAAGCAAUAUUGAAAGAUUGGACUUUGUAUAAAGUAGCUUCCAGGUUUUAUAAUGCAUCAUUUUACAUCUUUCGUAAUUAAAAGCAGCACAAUAUGGUUGUA